AUGCAUAUCGUUUCUUCUAUCUCCUUGGCUACGGCCAUUACCAUAUCUCCAUUUACUACUUUAGUCAGCGGUCUGGUUUUCCCACGAAGGGCAGACCCCGGAGAAAUUGCUUCCCAUGAACAGAUUGCACCGGUGCAAGUACCACUCUAUCACCUUCGCAAACCUAGUUGGUUCGCUCCCAUAUUGAACCCGCGAUAUAAGACUGGUCUAAUGACUAGUCCCACCAAUGGAAAUUCUACCGUUCCCGGUCAACCACUACAAACUUCAAACGCCUCAGAAAUAUCUAAUGAGUAUCAUAGCCAAAAUAUCACUUUCGUUGAUGGCAUGAGUUAUUACUUACCGGUGACAAUCGGUGAGCAAGAGCUCAAAUUGAUUAUCGAUACUGGGAGUAGUGACACCUGGGCCGUAUCCCCACUUUUCGACUGUAUUGCUCCUGAUGGGAAAUACCCACCGGCUUUACGCAGGUGCGGGUUCGGCAAUGAGUUCAAUCCUUUGGAAUCUCCUUCAUUCCAGUAUCUCAACCAAACUAAUGGCUCAUUUGCGGUUGGCUAUGCAGAUGGCAGCUACGCAAAGGGCGUCAUUGGCCAAGAUAUUGUGAAUAUUUCUGGUAUUCUUGUCAACCAAACGAUCGGCUUAGCGAACAUAGUAAGAUGGAACGGCGAUGAAAUAACCAGCGGGAUUCUUGGACUAGGGUAUCCUGGAAGCAUCCCAUCCGCUCCAGGCCAUAUGCCGUACGAUUGGCUUCCAAAAGGGGGUGGUAGCCCUCGCGACCCACUUGCCGGAUCCCAAGUGGAUAUUAACUUCGACUGUCACGCCGCAUACCCAUCUUUUAUCGAGUCUAUGGCCGCGCAAGGUCAUAACCCACUUUUUAGCGUCAAUUUGAUGGAAACAAGACAUGAUUUCGGCGGGCAUGGGGGCCAUCCUCAAGGAGGGGGCUCCAUAUCAUUUGGUGGAAUACCACAUGUUAAACAUCUUGGGCUACCAUUUGCGAAAGCAAAAAUGAACCCGAGAUUCAACAAAUCAAAUUGUCCUUCGGAUAUACGACAGAUCGGUUAUGAAUUCGAGAUCGAUGCGGUUCUUGAUGGUGAUACCAUUAUAUCUACCACAAAAAGUAUUGCGAAAAUUGAUACAGGAGCUUCGGUCAUGGCCUUCCCCUCUUGGUUGUAUCAAGAGUUUUGGAAAAGAGUGUAUCCGACACCACCUCUAGGAAGCGCUAUGGGAGGUGGCCGGGCAUGGAGAAUCAUGUGCAACGCAACAAUGCCAGACCUUGCAUUCGACAUUGGUGGAGUUGCUAUCAAGCUUGAUCGCAAUCAGUUGAUAAGAGCGCAAGUUCCAGACUUUAUGGAUGAACUUCCAGAUUCAGAAGAGAUGUGUUCUAUGAACAUUAUAUCAAACUUCUGGAGCGAUGAUAUUCUUCUUGGUGUUCCCUUCUUGCAUGGCGCUCUAGCAGUUUAUGACUUGAACAACAAAGAGAUUAGGAUUGCAAAGAAAUUCUCUUCAGAUCCCUUCCAUAUUCCGGUUUGGUCAGACAAAGUAUCAUCGGCCGGGCUCAUCGACCAUCCACCACCUGGUGGAAAUACCACGGACAUACCUAGAAAGUGGCCUGGAUAUCAAACUCAUACUGGGACUGACCCCGUCACAUCAACUUCGAUUCGUGUUAUUUCAAUUAAUGGCAACGAACCAAAGGCUACACCGACUCCAUCGGCUACAACUAUACAGUAA